GGGACAGCGGGCACGGCGCCGGGGACAGCGGGGACGGCGCCGAGGACAGCGGGCACAGCGCGGGCCCGGCCGAGCGGGACAGCGCCGGGGCGGCUGGUACGUGGCACCAACGUUCUCCACUUGGCUCCGUGGCUGUGAGGAAUGGCAACAGAAGAUGCGGACAGGAAGACCGAAGUGGUACUGCUGGCCUGUGGGUCCUUCAAUCCCAUCACCAACAUGCACCUGAGGCUGUUUGAGCUGGCUAAAGACUACCUCCAUGAAACAGGAAAAUACAAAGUAAUCAAAGGCAUCAUUUCACCAGUGGGUGAUGCAUAUAAGAAGAAAGGUCUGAUCAGUGCGAAUCACCGUGUGACUAUGGCAAAACUGGCCACAAAAAACUCAGAUUGGGUGGAAGUUGAUGAUUGGGAAAGCUGCCAGAGCGAGUGGUUGGAAACACUGAAGGUUUUAAGGUAUCAUCAUCAAAAGCUUUUAUCUGCUGAUGUCACUAAUAGUCUGCAGGAUGCUGUACCCAUAACAAAGCUGGGACGGAAGAGAAAACAGGAACCAAAUAGGCGUGAGCCCAUUAAAAAGAAAAAUCAGAGUCCGGUUGUAAAAAGUGUCCCACAGGUUAAACUGCUUUGUGGAAGUGACAUGCUAGAAUCUUUUGGGAUCCCCAAUCUGUGGAAGUUGGAGGACAUCACUGAAAUUGUGGAAAAACACGGCCUUGUGUGUGUCAGUAGGGCUGGAAACAACGUUCAGAAAUUCAUCUACGAAUCUGACAUUUUGUGGAGACAUAAGGAUAACAUUCACCUUGUGGAGGAGUGGAUCACAAAUGAUAUCUCCUCCACCAAGAUCCGGAGAGCCCUGCGGAGGGGCCAGAGCAUUCGGUACCUGGUGCCGGACGCGGUCCGGGCGUACAUCGAGAGGAACCGGCUGUACAGUCCGGAGAGCGAGGACAGGAACGCAGGGCUGGUCUUGGCUCCCUUGCAGAAACAUGCCAGUGACCCCAGGAGCUCACAGGCGCUGAGCAACUGACUGACUGUCUGCUGAGAAAAUCACUGCGGUUCAGUACAGGAGAGUGUUUCCCAGGGGGUGCUUGGGGGUUUUUCCUAGGUAAACAGUGGGCUAAUUCCGUACAUAUGGGGUUAGUAAUGGGGUUUGGUGCACUCGGUGACUGGACCUGCACAGCCUUUUUCAAGUCCAGUAAUAAGAUUUUCACGUUUUAAUGUUUUGUCCCAGUGCACUGAAGUGAGUAUCAGAAUUCACAUCAGUACAUGAAAAUUGCAAAUGUAUAAGCAAAACAAAUGAAUGUUCUGAUUAGUUUUAACUUAAACUGCUCUAUUUAUAAAACAAUAACACAAAUAUUUUUUAAUAACUUACAGUGUCUUAACAAAGUUAUCUGGUUUCAAGAUGUACCAUUUACUUAGAGUAAAUGUAUGUAAUUUUUUUUUUUUUUAAUUGUCAACAUGUGAUUCACCUCAAAAAAAUUAUUUAGCUCUAUCCUGGAAGGGAAGAAUUUCGUCCUGGCUGAAGUGGUGCUAGAUAUAGCAUGCUUUGAGCUGCUUGCCUUUGAGUUAUGCAGCUGUUUGUUUGUUGUCGUGCAGUUUGCUUCUAGAAAUGUCUUGUACUUUACUUUUCUUUUCAUGUUUCCAGGGCUGUAAUAUUAAGCUCAGUAUUGUUUCUGAUGGAAGGACCAACCUGCCUCAGGAACUGAUUUAAAGCCAUUGAUUUAAUGGAUAGAAAUUAAUAAUAGUGUCAUUGCACUGAUUCUCAGACACUUGUCCCUUAAUUACAAAUAAUACAUUUAUUUCAAAUAAUAAAGUAUCUUUUAAUUUUGAGCCAUAAGUAGAAUAUAAUUAUAUACAGCCAGAAUUGUUUUCUGUUACUAGAGAGAAAAUGGGAGAAUAUCAUUACUGAUCAUAAGUGAAAUAUUUUUUUUUGCUAGAAAUCUGGUUUUGAAUGUAACAGUGUAUUGUCUAUAUUAUGUGAACAUAAGCUAGAGAGACACUGUGGCUGUUGUGGUGAUAGAAUUUUAUCUCCCUUUAUUUGCUGCUAUCUCAUUUUUGUUUGGAUUAUGUGCCUUGUUAAGAAUGCCAAGGUUUGCAAGCCACUUUCUCAUGGGUCAACAGCUCUUUCAUGGGAUCUCUACGAGAAGACUCUGGUCACGCUUUUCAGAGGAACAAAGCCAGCUGAAAGUGACACUCUCCAGGCAGGCAGGCAGGCAGGAUGCUGUUGGGCAAGGCUGGGAGUAGGGACGUGUUCCACGGCCGUGGCUGGCUGCUGGCUAUGGCCCCCUGGUUUUACUGGUGCAGCACUGGAAGUACUGCACACGGGGCAUCUCCUGUUCCAGUUCCACUCCUGUUCCACAGCCAGUGCUGCGGCUGUUCAGGGAUGGCACACAGGUCAAACCUGCAGGAGUGGACUCUUGUCAGACCUUAAAGAGCAACGGGGCCCUUUCACCACGCGUGUCAUUUAGACUCAAAAUAUUUUAUUAAUGCUGCAGCAGCAGCAGGACCCACUUGAUCUGCUUCUGUAAUUAGACCACGUCCCUAAGAGAAUGUGUUAGAUGCUCAGUUCUUCAGCAACUAGGAUGGAAAUGGCAAAAAGUAUUUCCACCAAAGUAAAAUCAGAAAUUUGAAGGGAGAAAGAAAUGAACCAUCAUAUGAUGUGGUCAGGGCAAUAGGCAGUUCUUAGAAGCUCCAUAGGCAAUUCUGUGGCUGAGGCUUGUAACCCUGGUGCCCUUUAGAGGUCUUUGUGUGAGGUUUAAGUACUGAUUUGCAGAAAGAAGGACCACACCGCACACCAUCUGCAAAAUUUAAAUUAAAAUGUUACAUCUGGACUUUGACACAGGAGUUAUCGAGUGCUGACUUCUCUUUGCUUGCAAGAGUCAGUAGUAUUGCAACAGUGCUUUACUACCAUAACCUCAGAACACCAAAUUGUGGGUGAAAUGUUACUGUUUGAGUGGAGAGGGAACAGUAAUUUUCAUUUCUUGGUGGCAUUCCUGGUUUAGUGUAGGCUAGAGAACAAUAUCCAGCUGCAAACAGGAAAGAAGCUUUGACGUCCUGAGUUCCUACUUGCAUGAUUCUGUGAGUUGUAUGGAUCAAACUGCCAGCUCCAAAAACAGAGCUACACUUUGGGGAAACUUCUGUGCAAAAUAUUGUCCUUCUUAUUCAGCCUAACACAAGUCAGUAAAUAAAUAAAUGUAGUAGGUAAAGGUGUGUUUCCUCACCUCUAAGUCCCUUGUUUCCUCACUUACAAAUUCCUUAAGUCCUUUCUCUUCAAAGUAGAACAUUUUUUAUUCUCUUUUCAAAACACAUUGCUGGGUCAUCAGGGAUUUCUAUCAUUUCUUUGCUGAAGGUGAAGUCCAACACUGAAGCUUCAUCUCCAUCGUGUGCUCUACUGCCUGUGUGUUCUGCCAUAAUGUGUGGCAUCUAAUAAAGCAUCAGUGGGAACA